UUACUAUAGCUUAAUGUAAGUUUUUGAAUAUAUAAAAAAUAAAACUAUUGAUUAACUAAUCUUCUAGCAGGCCUAGAUGUUUAUUUGGGCUGAAAUAGAGCCCAUAACUGUUCUCUAACUUCGCCGCAGAAUAAUUUUCAGAAAUGGGCUUGGAUGGGCCGAAAUAGUCCAUAACUGUUUUCUAAACUUUGCCUAGGGCUGAAAGCCCAUAACUUACCUAGAGAUCUGUUUGGGCCGAAAUAUAGUAAAGUCCAAUACUAUUAUCUAAAGGGUUAGAGAAAUGGGCCUAGCUCAGACUAAUCUUCUUUUAUUCGUUCGUUAAAACUUUGCCACAGCCCUGAUCCACUGGGCUUCUUUGGAAAUGGAACGGAAAGUUUCGAAGCCGGGAAACGACCGGGAAAUUAUGGCGCCGUCGUCUCAGAGCAAGCGGCGGAAAACCGAUCAAACACCGUCUCGCCGAACUUUAUCUUCAGCUGCUGUAGAGAGAGAGAGAGUUUCAGCAUCAACGAAAGGCUCGACUUUUCCUGUUGCUACUGGAAGUGAAUUCAGGAUUCAACAGGCUAAGAGUUUUGCUGUGGCACAGGCCAAACAAGAUGGUUGCACUGGUAAUUUUAAGAUCCUUGAUUCCCCAUUUGGAAAUUUUCUUUUGCCUGUUAUUCCUUCUCCCGCAGAAUUCGUUGAAUAGUAGUUUCGAAUCUGAUACUGGUUCUACCAGAUUUUGCUAGCUGAUAUGAUUCUGCGAGUGUUGAACUUUUUUGUAUGAUUGAGAUAUGAAUACUGUAGAAAAUCUGAGUUCCAAACCUUCUCCAAUGGAUAUAUUUUCUCUGUUAGUAUAACAUUUCCCUGAGUGAUUGGGCAUGGCUUUUAGCUUAUAACUUCAAGAGUUAAUGGAGAUCAACUCUUUUUUGAAAGCCCA